UCAAAACCCAUUUGGCCAUAAAAGAUUUUCCUCAUUAGAUAGAUUUUGAACUAUCCAUUCUCAUAUCUUUUGAAGAUUCUCUUCCUCACAGGGAAGCCUCUCCUCUUCUUGAUUCACAUUUUGAAUUUAAGCUUCUCAAAGUAUCUCCAACAAAACUAAAUCCUAGUUAUUAAAAAGGGAGAAUUAAAAAUGGCUACGACAGGAGGUGUUCUUGUUUGUUUACUCAUCGCAGCCUUAGAUGUAGCUGCUGCAAUCCUCGGAAUUCAAGCAGAAGUCGCUCAAAAUCAGAAGUACACGAAUCUGGGGCUAUCUGACUGCAGAGAGCCGAGCAACGACGCGUUCAGGCGAGGUCUAGGUGCAAUAGCGAUGUUGGUAAUAGCUCAGGUCCUCAUCAAUUUGUUCGGAGGCUGUCUUUGUAUAUGCUCUCAAGAGUUUCAAAGAUCUCUUCCAUUAAGCAGAUUUCCAUGGUUUGUCUCGUGUCCACUUGGAUCGUAGUCGUCGUUGCAUUUCUGACAUUGGUGAUUGGAACGUUGACGAACAGCAAGUCGAGUUCCUCUUGCGGACUCACACAUCUCCAUUUUCUCUCCGUUGGAGGGAUCUUGUGUUUUCUUCAUGCCCUGUUGUGUGCUGCUUAUUACGCUUCUGCCACUGCGGCUAAAGACGAAGCUGCUAAAGACGAAGCUGCGAAGCCUAUUUCAGUCUGAAAUUUACUGUGGUGCCUGAUAUUUCAUGAUUUUUUUUAUUAGUGUGUAUUUCUUAUUGAACUAGAUA